CAGACAAAACUCUGGUUGAAGAAUUCAAAGAAGGCAAUAGUCUUGAUAUUAAUAGUUUGAUAGCUGCAAUGGAGAGUUUAAAAAUAUCUAAGGUUGAAAAGAAAGCUGAUGAUGAUAUUAAGAAGAUAAAGAAUGUGAUAAAGCAAUUGACAAAAGCUGUGACAAAUUUUACCAAUAAAGCAUAUAUUAUAAGAAUGUUCAGAAAAACUCAUAAGAAAUCAAGUUAUAUGACAGAAAAAACAGCAUGUGAUAAGAAAGAAUAUCUGGAGGUUGAAUUGGUAAGUAAUAGAACUAAUGAUUUGAAGGAAGAAUUGAAUGAUAUAAAAAAUUUAGACAAAAGAAGAUGUGAUAACUUGGUAGAUGAAGUGUCCAAUAAGAAAGAAAAAUUCUGA